CCGGCUUCCUAAUGUAAGUGUCUUCUUACAAGUACGGUUCACGUCUACUCCCUAUCCACACACACCUACAAUUCAAGUGUGAGAGGCUAAAGCAAAAUCAGAUAUCUACAAGGCAACAGUAAAGAACUAUAACCAAUGUCAAUUGUAGACCAAGAGGCACAAGAGGAUGAAUUAUUGGCUCUUACCAGUAUUUACUCUGAAGAUGAAUUUAAGAGGACAGAUGCUGCUCCAGAAGGGGAGGCUCAUUUUAGUUUGGAGUUACCUUUAGAUUUUGUGAUAUCUAUAAAAUGCAACAGUGCAACAAACUCCUCUGCAGACAACUUUGAGGAUACUGUGUCCUUUCUGCCACCAAUUGUGCUGAACUUUGAACUUCCUCCAGGUUACCCAGCCACUACACCCCCGAAUUUCACACUAAGCUGCAAAUGGCUUUCACCGGCACAGCUGACCCUGUUAUGCCAGCAUUUAGAUGACCUCUGGGAGGAGAACAGGGGAUGUGUUGUCUUGUUUGCAUGGAUUCAGUUUCUGAAGGAGGAGACACUCGAUUACCUAAAUAUAAAAUCCCCAUAUGAGAUUCAUUUGUGUAGUGAUGGACUACAGAGUUGUAUUCAAUCUGAAAAGACCUGCGCUGAUGGGGUCUUACUGGACAAGCGUGCCAUACAAGACGUGCAGUCAGUGCCUGCCCUGGUGAAAUACAUCUUGGACUUCAAUGAAGCUCAACAGAAGAAGGCUUUUGAUAGCAAACCAUUCUUGUGCAAUAUCUGUUUUAUGGAGAAAUUGGGCAGUGAGUGCACCCACUUUAAGGAUUGCCAGCAUGUGUACUGUAACAGAUGUCUCAAGGACUACUUUGAAAUCCAGAUUAAGGACGGACAAGUCCAUGCACUAAACUGCCCUGAACCAAAGUGCAUGUCUGCUGCAACACCUGCUCAGGUAAAGGAUCUUGUAGGGGAGCAGCUUUUCAGCCGCUAUGAUGGUCUCCUCUUGCAGUCAAGCUUGGAUUUAAUGGCAGAUGUCAUUUACUGUCCACGUCUAAGCUGUCAGACACCAGUCUUGCAGGAGCCAGAUGGUAAAAUGGGCAUUUGCUCAGUCUGCCAAUAUGCAUUUUGUGUCAAUUGCAAAAAGGCUUUCCAUGGACUCUCCCCUUGCAUAGUAACUGCAGUCACAGAAUGUGUUGAAUUGAGUGAAGAGGAUCUUGAUGCAGAAGAAUUAGAAAUAAAAAUACUGGAGAAAAGGGCUAACAAGAUGAAGAAUUUGGAGUGGCUAAAGAACAACUCCAAGCCCUGCCCUGGUUGUAAAGCUCCUAUUGAGAAAGAAAGUGGCUGUAACAAAAUGACCUGCAGCAAAUGUCAUCAGUAUUUUUGCUGGCUCUGUCUGAAUAUAUUGCCUCAAAGAAACCCAUAUGAUCAUUUCCAGGACUCUGACUGCAAUCAAAAUGAUAUCUGACCGGGAAAGAGAUCACACUAGUGCAGUGGACCAUCAUGGCACAUAGAACUGGCAAGCACCAUUUAAAAGUAUAAGAGAAAUUGUUGAAUCACCCCCAGAAAAGUUAUUUUUUGCCA